UUUAACCUCUAACCCCCAGCUCUGCCCUCUGCCCUCCUUGUCUGGAGGUCCCAGUCCUGCAGCCCCACCCUUCACUCCGCCCCUCUCUCCCCAGGAAGAAGCUCACUAUGGCUCCAGUCCCCUGGCCAUGCUGACAGCAGCUUGCAGCAAAUUUGGUGGCUCCAGCCCUCUGCGGGACUCAGCAACGCUGGGAAAAGGAAGCACGAAGAAGCCAUACUCUGACCUUUCCGCUGCCAAAACCAUGGGGGAUGCCUACCCAGCUCCCUUUUCAGGCACCAAUGGACUCCUCUCACCCGCAGGCAGUCCUCCAGCCCCGGCCGCUGGCUAUGCCAAUGACUACCCACCCUUUCCCCACUCCUUCCCUGGGCCGACCGGUGCCCAAGACCCUGGGCUACUAGUGCCCAAGGGGCACAGCUCCUCCGACUGCCUGCCUAGUGUCUACACCUCCCUGGAGAUGGCACAUCCCUAUGGUUCCUGGUACAAGGCCGGCAUCCAUGCAGGCAUCUCGCCAGGUCCGGGCACCACGCCCACUCCUUGGUGGGAUGUGCACCCUGGGGGCAACUGGCUAGGGGGUGGGCAGGCCCAGGGUGAUGGGCUGCAAGGGACGCUCUCCACGGGCCCUGCCCAGCCUCCACUGAACCCCCAGCUGCCUACUUACCCAUCUGACUUUGCCCCCCUUAAUCCAGCUCCCUACCCAGCGCCCCACCUCUUACAACCAGGGCCCCAGCAUGUCCUACCCCAAGAUGUCUAUAAGCCCAAGGCAGUUGGCAAUAGCGGGCAGCUGGAGGGGAGCGGGGCAGGCAAAGCCCCUCGGGGUGCAGGCGCGGGGGGCAGCGGCGGGUAUGCGGGCAGCGGGGCAGGCCGGUCUACCUGCGACUGCCCCAACUGCCAGGAGCCCCAAGAUAGAGGGUAA